GACGCUGGAGCUAAGAUCGCUUUCGAGGGACAUGACCCGUGAAACCAUCAAAACGCUGCGACACAGACCUAAGGAGCCGCCUGGCCAAUCAGCGCGAUCUGUUCCCACGACCCUAGUAGACCACACUAUGGAGACGCUUUACACAGCAAUGAACUUACCUGCCCAUAUAUUGUUGUUGUGUUAUUUUUCGCACGCGAGUCGUAGCAUUCAAGCGUGCUGGUCGGUGCCUCGACCAAUCGGAUGGCAGCACUCUCACGACCUUAAUUCGCCCCGACAUAGUUUUCUCCGGUUUGGAUUGUUGACUGUGCUUGUUUUUAAACAAGAUAGCGGGUUUUAAUUGGACAGUAGGGGUGUGUUGAGAAUUGUGGAUCUUUUUCCCACGCUCAUUACAAUGCCUCGGUUAUCAUAAACAAAGGCGGAGACAAAGGCUUACAUUCUUCUUAAAAUCCCGUGAUAAGUCCGAAUUUGAAAAGUUAUACGACUUUUGUGUUGCCCGUCGUCGCCAGAGAUCGCAGGUAUCCAAUUUCAAGCAAAAAUGAGCGAAGAAGGAAAAUCGAAAGAUCGCAGAAAAGCGUCAAAACCGAUCAUGGAGAAACGAAGACGAGCAAGAAUUAACGAAAGUUUAAACGAACUGAAAACGUUAAUACUGGAAGCCAUGAAAAAAGAUAAUUCGUGCUAUUCCAAGCUGGAGAAGGCUGAUAUUUUAGAAAUGACAGUUCAACAUUUAAAAAAUCUUAAAAAUCAACAAAUCACAGGUAGUUCAAGUUCAAAUCCGGCGUCCGUGGCCAACUAUAGGGCGGGCUUCAAUCAGUGCGCAUCAGAGAUCACUCGAGUCCUGACAGCCCUGGGAAACACUGACUCUACACUUAGGAGUAGGCUCUUAGAGCACCUAGCGACUCGUUGCCUGGUAACUAAGCCGGUGGACGCCGCUGAUACAAGAGGACAGCUGCCUCAAGUCUCGUUUCCCAAUCAACCCAUACUGCCCAAGCCACCCAUUUCAAUGUCUUCGCCAGCAAAUUUCUCGUUUCUUCCUCAAAACAGCCCUGGCGUUCUACCCUCCACUCAAUAUCAUUUAGCGUCUUAUCCUUUAACUAAUGGCAAAGUGGCAGUUCUUUUGCCAACAGUUAACCCUUUUUUGAUGGAUUCAGGCUCCGCUGUUGCUACGCAACCUAACUUCCUUCCCGUAUUUGGUAAAGAUCCAAAGCAUGGCGUCUCUCCGCCGGAAGUCAUGCCGUUAGGUUUAGAUACCAGGUCCCUGUACUGGAAACCCAUGCCUACUCUGAGAAAGGUGGAAAAUUUGCCUAAGCACAAACGUGUUUUUGUGAAAAUGGGUCUCGAAAGUCCUUCGGGCAACCCCAGCAGUGACGACAGACGAAAGUCCUCCAAGCCCUUAAUGGAGAAAAGACGAAGGGCACGGAUAAAUCAGAGCCUGAACGAGUUAAAAAACCUCAUCUUAGAAGCUAUGAAAAAAGAUACGUCUUGCUACUCCAAAUUAGAGAAAGCGGACAUUUUAGAAAUGACGGUGCGUUAUUUACGCUCAGUGAGGAAUCAGAAUAUGACAGCUCGUGUGAAUAACACCGCAGAUCCUAACACCAUGGCGCGGUAUCGAGCCGGUUACAACGAAUGCGUCAACGAGGUGAAUCGAUAUCUUAUGUCAUUUGAUGGAGUGGACGUGCAAGUCCGCGCGCGGCUACUCUCGCAUCUCGCUUCGUACUGUACACCCUGCGCGCCUAUGAUGAAACCAGCGCCGCCGACACCGGAAAAGCUUCCGUUGCCGCAAUCUCAAGCCAUCACCUUGCCAAUGGCCUCUCCUCUAGGAUCAACAAGUUUCGCUCUCUCUACUCCAAGUCACACGAAAGGUUUAGACGCAGCCCCUAAUCUGUUGAACACCACUCAAUUUCAAAUCGUUCCAGGACAGUUAGCGAACGGGAAAAUUGCCGCCGUGCUCGUACCGAGCCAAAACGCUCCCUUAGCGAUGGUUUCUAGCCCGCAAUUAAUCCCGGUGUUUAAUAAAUCAGUCAACGAUUUUCAAGCUUUUCAAGGACUUCACGUUCCCGAUCCACAAGUUUUAAGAACGGAAAGUGACCCCUUAUGGCGACCAUGGUGAGGAAUGCAGGAACAAAAAAAAGGUUCCUUUUUUUGUUGUGGCCAAAAACACUUAUUGUAAUUUCAAAAACAAAAGUGAAAUUCAUUGCCACACUUCAAAAGACAGCUAAUAAUUUGUAAAUAUCGCCUAACGACCAAGUAUUGUUCCUUUGUAUUGUACACAAUGACUGUGAAAGAGUUAUUAAAAUUUUUAGGCUUUUUCGUA